AUGGCUGGUCGAGAACGAGAUAUGUUUAGAAAGUAUGAAUCGGGUAGUGCUAAAAGACAGAAAAAACGAAAGAUUGAAGAGUUAAUAAAUAAACAACGUGGCUCCAUUAAUAGAUUUAUUACAAUGAAAAGAUAUAAUUCAGAUGAAGAUAAGUCGAUUAAAAGUAGUAAUAAUAAUGAUGAAGAAAAUAACUUAAAAAAUGACAAGGAAGGCGAGUGGUCCAAAAAUGAAAAAGAUAAUUUUGAUGAAGAUAAGUCGCCUAAAAGUAAUAAUAAUAAUGAAAAAAAUAACUUAAAAAGUGACGAAGAAGGUCAGUUGACUAUUUACAAUUAUUCGGAUGAGUUGAAAGACCCAGGAAAUUGGCCUAAUAAUAUAAGCCAAGAAGUUAAAUACAAAAUUGUUAAGUUAGGACCUACACAUUUAAAGAAUUUUGACUUUCCAGCUACAGUUCAAAGCGAUGGAUCUCAGAGAAAAUGUUCUCCCAAAUUCUUUUACCGAAUAUUAGCAAAUAAUGAAAAAGUAGAUCGUGUCUGGCUUGUAUACUCUCCAAUCAAAGAUUGCGUAUUCUGUUUUUGCUGUAAAAUGUUUAUAAAUAAAAAAUGUCACAGUGAUUUGGCAACAGUAGGUAUAAGUGACUGGAGACAUGUGUCAGAUAAGUUAAUUUCACUUGAAACAUCGCGACACCACGUUCAGUCAGUCAAGUCUUGGUUCGAAAUAAAAACUAGAAUAGAAAUGGAUGAAACAAUCGAUAAAAAAACAUCAAGCGGUUAA